AUGAACGGCACUUGUUUGAGCUUCGAUAACCCGAUCCGAGACGCCAUUUCCCGGAUCCGGUUUGCUCCCGCCUCGAACAAUCUCCUCAUUUCCUCAUGGGACUCGGUUCUUCGGCUUUACGAUGUGGAUGAAUCCGAGGUCCGACUGGAAAAUCCGACGAUCGGAGGCGCAGCCCUUCUCGAUUGUUGUUUCGAGAGUGAGUCGGUGGCUCUAACGGCUAAUUCCGAUGGUUCAGUUGUCAGGUAUGAUAUGCGAUUGGAAAACAACAAUGCAAUAGGAAAACAUGAAGACGCAGCAAACUGUGUUGAGUACUCUGAGGAAACAGGUCAAAUUAUUACUUCUGGUUGGGAUAACAGCAUAAAGUUUUGGGAUGCACGGUCUGGCAGUUCUGCAGGAUGUUUGAGUAAUCUUGUUGCGGGAGUCGAAUCUAUGUCACUUUCUGUUUUCAAUUUGAUGGUUGCUCUCAAGUCUUCAGUGCAUAUGUAUGACUUGCGUUACUUAGAUAGGGAGGUGCGGGUUAAAGAACCUUUCACAGGCAUCCAUGUAAAAUGUGUCCGCUCAAGUUCAAAUUUAGGAGGAUUUAUGACUGGAUCUAUAGAUGGGAGGGUUGCGUUGGAAUAUUUCGGUGAUUCCAGCUCUGAGAAAGAUGGAUAUGCAUUCAAAUGCCAUCCAAAGAGCACAGAUGGAAGAUAUCAUCUGGUAGCUGUAAAUGAUAUUGCUUUCAAUCCAGUCUUAUGCGGUGUCCUCAUUACUGGUGACAAUGAGGGUCAUGCUAUAAUGUGGGAUGUUCAGAGCAGGAGACGCUUAACGGAGUUACCAAGACAUCCCAGUUCUGUUGCUUCACUGGCUUAUAAUCAUGAUGGACAGCUUUUGGCAGUUGCAUCAAGUUAUACUUACCAGGAAGCUAAUGAAAGGUUACUUGGCUUGCCUUACACAUUUGAGUUUCUUUAG